AUGCGUGAUUUUCAAAUGGACUCGUUGAGGGGCAUGCACCCUGCGUCUCUUGCGCACCCUGCUUCGCAUUCGCACGUUAUGCUGCAGCUCAUUGGCAUGGUCAUAUCUCCGCCUCUCAUUGGUGAGUUGCUUCAUCCACGCAUCUUCCCCAUGUGCUCACUUUUCGAAGAGUAUACUGUCGACUGUGUUACAGAAGCCGUACGCUUCGCUCUGGACCACGAUACCCGUGCAUCCGCGCCGUCCUCCUCCUUCCAUCGUAAAAGGAAUUCCCGGUAUACUGGCUCCCGAAGCGCAGAGGACGACUAUCGCCACCUGACUGACUUCGUUACGACCCUCGUCUCGCACGCCCAAAUCACCACUCCGACACUGCUUGUCGCGCUGACGUACAUAACGCGCGCGCGCGCGAUCAUGUUCAUCCGCUGUGCUUCCGCUUUCGUCGCCCAGCGCCUCAUCCUCGGCGCGCUCGUGCUCGCGAGCAAGUACACGCAAGACAGCACGAUGCUGAACUGCCACUGGGCGAUGUGCACUGCGGGGCUCUUCACGACGCGUGAUGUGAGCAAGAUCGAGCGCGAUGUGCUGGCGGUGCUGGAUUGGGAGCUCCGUGUUAGGGAGGUGGAGGUGUUGGUGCAGUGCGAGGGGAUGAAGAAACGGGCCGAUGAAGGACUGGCGGAAUCUGUCCGCUACUCCAGGCGAAAUCGGUCCGUAAGGCAUCAUCGCCGUAGGAGGAUAACGACGACCUCAGUCGUCUGUACUUCUCCUGCCGGUGUACCGGAUUUGGCCUCCAGCCCUGCAAGUAGUCGGGACAUUGUAUCACCUCGCACGCCGCAGGAUGUUAUACCAUCGUGGAGGGAGCCUUCGAAGGCCACACGAGUGGCGAUGUCCGUCGUCCGCCAUGUCAAGCGGAGAAUGUCUGGUAUCAUCGUCCCCGGCUCAUAG